AACACCGAUCGUGCCGGCUGAAGUGGAUUACUUUGUAAGAGCAAAACAAACCUGUAGAGAGACCUACUUCUUUCAGACAAAAUGGUUCCCGAUUCAACGACGGGAAAGACGGCUGCCAAACCUGCUACGGUUAGGCCAGUCAAGACUCGUCUGAAGACAACGAAAGACAGGACAGGUGUGAUGGAAAGAGAGACAAAAUUUAAGGGACGGAAGAGUUUGAAGGAUAACUACGAGAAGCCGGUAUCGGGCCGAGACCAAUGGUGGAGAGCACACAUCAGGGAAACGCCAAUUCCAGGUUCCUAUGCGACUCGCAACUUUCUAGCAGACCUCGAUGAGCGGCCAGCGACGUAUGCCUUCAAGGGGGAAGGACGCAAGAAAGACGCCGAUACGCAACGCAAAGGCACCGUGCUGUUACCUGGUGCCUAUGAGGCACAUGACAUGGUAUAUGACUUAGAGCAGACAAGAUAUACAUAUUCCAUGAAGAACACUUCUAGAGACGAGAACGAGCUACCUGGAGUUAAAGACAAGGGGUGCAACGUUUGUCCGACGCAAUAUCCAAUGGAAAAUUAUCUAUCAUUGGCGUGUGAAAAGCAACCAUCGAAGCACCCAAUGUUUAAAUCUACAUCGCAGAGAUUCCCAACAAUAUAUUUUCAAGGGACAAAGAACCCACCACCAGACCGUUACCAAGCCUACAUCCCAGAAACCAUGCAUGUUAUAUCAUCCAGCUUUAAAUCACGGACACCAAGGUUUUCAACAUCACAUACGAAAGUACCUGGGCCUGGAUCGUACGACAAAACCUUCCAGUCUCCAAUGCCAGCCACUAUAUCCAAGAUGGGGAGGAACCACGGUUUAUUCUUUACCAGUGCAUUUAAUUUAUGAAAAGCAAAAGUUUCCUUCUAGUUUUGAUACAAUUCCCCUCCCUCUGAAACCCAAACCACAUUAUUUUGUUCACAAACCCCAUUCGAAAACUAUUAUUUCUACAUCAUGGUCAUAAACCCAAACAGCCUUACACACACUGUUCAGUAUUAUCAUUCUAGUUCUUCAAUGUUUACGAUCCUUAAUGCUUCAGUGUUUCCUUUAACAUUGCCUUUUCUUUUAUGUGCAUAAGCAUUUAACCGUUAAAGUAUGUUUACGGUCUUUCAACAACAUGAAACAUACAGGCAAUCUAUUGGAAGAAGUUAAACCAACAGUUCAAACACCAAAUAGUAUUAAGUAAAACACCUGUACACUAAAUGGGUUAUUUCAUAAAUUAGGCAGGGGCUAUAACCACUUGCCUCUUAGUUUAUGGAAUGACCCACGUAAACGACCGAUGUCAACUAUUAUAUACAUGUAGACUUCUAUUAACCAAACUUCAGUUCAUAAACAUUGUAUUUUAACAAACAAAAAAUGUCAAUAGGGUUGUUGAUUCUUUUGUAUACAGACAGUAAGAUCAUCUAUAUAAGGUCAGUUAUAUCCUAACAAUACAUGUUCAUGUAAUCUGAAACUUAAUUGGUUUUGGUGUUUAUUCAAAAGCAACACAAGCUUCAAUUAUAAAGUGCAUUUCUUUUUGUAGAAAUGCAGCUGUUGCAUAGACCUUAUCGCAAAUACCAAUGCGCAAGCGCAGACUGUUGAAUGAGGUGCAUUGUGGGAUAG